AUGCCUCUAGGAGAACAGCUGAAAGAGUUCUGUAGCCGCUGCUUGGGAAAACGAAAGACCGAUGAGCUUCCAGAAAAGCCGCAAACAUAUAUCGAACAUAGUGCGCCCGAAAAUCCGGAGCCAGACAGCCCUCAUCGUGGUCGUCAGACCUCACCGGCCCCCACGUCGACAGACAACUCAGAUGUCACACAAAUCGGCAACGCUUGGUCAGUUGACGGAGUCGGUAUCUUCGACCAUCGAGCCGUGUACACCUUCCAUCACGGAUUCCCUGAAGGGCUGCAGAAGAGCAACUACACCCUCCAUCAAAGAGGACGGGGUGCGUCGCCUGUUGUUGCAUUCAACCCUCAAUAUGACCCUCGCAAUGUUCAUAUCGUCAACGGAAUGCUUGCCUUGACCGUCCCUGGGCGUCAAAAACCCAGUCAAAAUUCCGGUUGGCGAUUGGGCUGCGCCCAAGUCGAGACAGUGGCGGACAACAUCCAGUACGGUAGUGUUCGGACGAAAGCUAUAUUUAGUCAGGUUCCUGGGACCUGCCAUGGCCUGUUCUUCUACCAAUCGGAUACCCAAGAGGUCGAUAUCGAGUACUUGACCGAUCCAUCGUCUUUGUCGAACAAUGGACCACGCAAUCCCAUUCCCAUGUGGUACACGAAUCAAGCAGUAAAUCCCGCCGAUGCGCCAGCAACCCAGGCGACAGGGCCCGCGCCUUCUGAUUGCACGGCUGCAGUGCAUGAAUACCGAAUUGAUUGGACGCCGUACUACACCGCAUUCUACCUUGACGGCAAGCUCCAGCGGAAGUUCACAACCAACGUUCCGAGGGAGCCAGGAUCAUGGAUCUGGAACAAUUGGGCAAACGGGAAUAAGGGUUGGACGUGUGGCCCUCCCAAAAGUGAGAACGCCCUUCUGAUCAAGAGCAUUGAAAUGUACUACAACACAUGGCCGCGCAGUGGAAGCGCUUAG